UAUUGAAUACACUUCAUUAACAUAUCCAAAUGUUAUUUACACAUAUAGAUUACGCUUCAUAAAUAUUUUCUAUAAAACCCGGCUAGACAUUAGCUCAAUGGCAUGAAAACAGGAGUUGAUUUGGAUAGUUCAGGGUAAAAAAAAAAUGCUUCUGCUAUUUCACUUCAAAUCUGUUUCGCCUGCUCUGUUUUCCAGCCAACUCAUAGCAUCACAGUUAGAUAUUUAAUGCUGCCCCACUACUAUCACUAUUGCCACUAUUACACGACUCUUAAUGUGUAAUCUCGCAAAAGUCUCUAGAGGUAUGGCAGCAUGCUUCACUGCAGCGUAAUAGGAUUUGUAAACAGUUCAAAAUUUGCUUUGAACACGUAACUACACUUCUGCAGCUCGCCAGUGAAAUGGGUGAAGGUGGGGUUUUAGAGAUACACGAUGACCACAAUCACAAUUAUCCUGAAAACCAUGGAAAUGUAUAUUACUUAAACUGUAGCUCACCGAUACCGAGUGCAGCCAAUUGUAUUCCAGCCGCUGUCGAUGUGUGUGAUUGUGCCGAAAAUGCCACACACACCGAUUCCGCUUCAGACAGCGAAGUUGAUUGUGGUGCAGUUAUUACGAGGAGCCUGACAUCUAAUCCCUCUGAAUUUAUGAUGAAUGCAAUGACAGCAGAGGACUACAAAGAAACUUACUGGCCAAGGCUGGAAAAAGCAGUUGAACAGCUGCUGACUCAAAGCCCAGUGAAAUAUACAUCUAUCUCCUAUGAGCAGAUUUACAGUCAUGUUUAUAAGUGUGUGUGCCAGCAAUACUCAGAACUUCUCUACAGGGACCUGAUGUGGAAGAUAACAUCUCACUUACAGCAAGUGUGCUUAGACUUGCAAGUACAUGACAACCGACCUGAAAGUUUUGUUGAAAACUUCAAUCUUGCUUUCACGCAGUACAUGGCUGCAAUUCAGUGCAUCAUUCCUGUGUUCAUUUAUAUGAACAAGUUCUACAUUGAAACUAAGCUGAAUAGAGACUUAAAGGAUGACCUCAUGGACCUUUUCUCAGCUCACGUUGCAGAGAAGCAUAUUUGUACGUUAAUAUCUCUUCUUAAGAAAGCCGAUGCCAUUCCAUUUCAAGUUAAACCAUCAACCAUGGCAAGUGUGGUAAAAGGCCUUUAUGCUCUGCGACCAGACUGGGCUCAGCUAGCUCCUGCACUGUUUUCUAGAUUUAUUCCCCAAAUUCACCCACCUGUUUUGGAGUCUGAUCUGCUGCUUUAUGCAGCUCAAGAUCGAAAAUUGCAAGUGGAGCUUUCAUUAAAUGGUUUUUCCAGGUGUGACCAAUCACGUAAAAGAGCAAGUGAAGAAUACUGAAAAACCUGCUGGAAAACAUGAAAUAAUACCUCAUACAAGAAAGCUUCCAUACUACCAGUGAGAGACAUAAGGACCAGGCUAUGUGGGAACUGGGUAUAUAUAAUUACGAAGGUGCAAUCUUCUAUGGAGGACAAAACACUUACUAAUAAAAAAUUAAUAAAUAAAUGUAUGAAAACAAAUAAAUGCAUGCAUGAGCAGAGUACAUAAUAGUGCCUUGGUUUAAUUUCCAAUUUCCACAUUUGAGAUGUCUGAAAUACUGGUUAAUCUCUCUUUUUCUCUUUGAAAUUCUUUGACUUUUCCUCAUUUAGGGUCAUGAACUUAUAUGCAAAUUGUGUUAACUUCUACUCUAAAAAGAACCACACAAGAACAGUACACUUUAUCUAAGGUGACAGAGCAAUGCAUUCACAUACACAGGCUUGAAAGAGAGCCUUGUUGCAUCUCCAAAAAGAGACCUAACAAGUGCUCACAGUAGAGAGAAAGAUGGAACCCCAAUAACAGUCAUUCUUUAGAGACAGCUCCCUUCACGGGUCUAGCUACAUUACCACUACCCUAAAUAGUGUUAACUGAUAGGCUGCUCACAUUACAACACAAAUAUCUUUUUUGUUGUCUCUGACAAGCCAUAAAGAAAGUUUACUGUUUUAAGCUGUUUUUUGCGUAUAUGUAAACUUUGGAAGUCAUGUUGACCCAUAACAUAAUGGAUGUAACCAUGGCCUCCACCAACAUCCUCCAUAAGCUGACAAAUCACAGAUGUUACCAAAUUAUGCCAUGGUGCGAGUCACAGAAAUGAUGCUCAUGUUUCUGCCCUAAUUUUGAUUCAUUUUCAUUGAAAGCUUGAGGGGUGAGUGAUAUGGCAAAAUUAUCAGAUCAUAUAAUACACACAGAAAGAAGUUUUUUUUGUUUGGUUGGUUUUUUGUUGUUAAAAUGUGUUACAUUUUUUUUUGUUAGACAUUAAAUACAAUUUAACACUGUAAAGGGAUAAACAAUAUAAUAGGAAUUGUUUUGUAUUUAACCACUUCUAGUUUUCACUGGCUGUGUGUGUGUACGUACAGGUGCAUCUCAAAACAUUUUAGUAUUGUGGACAAGUUCUUUUUUGUCUGUAAUUUAAUUCAAAAAGUGGAGCUUCAAUUUAUUACACAUAAAGUGAAAUAUUUCAAGCCUUUUUUGUUUUAAUCUUGAUGAUCACUGCUUAUAGCUCGUGGAAAUAAAAAAUUCAGUAUCUCAAAAUAUUAGAAUAAAGAAUAUAUAUAU